UGUCAAAUCAUAAUAGUACGUCAAAAAGUCGAAAUGUGUAGAAUUGUAAAGUAGAUAUUUGGACAAUUUUUUGGACAUUUACAGCAUAGAAGUUCCUAAUAUUAGAAAAUAUGGUAACUAAUACUGCGCUCCUAUGUAUUAUUUAUUUUACAUCCGCCUUAGUACUGACUUUAGCGGGCCGCGACUUUUAUCAAAUACUUGGUGUAUCCCGAUCGGCUAGCACAAAUGAAAUCAAAAAAGCUUACAGAAAGUUAGCAAAAGCGCUACAUCCAGAUAAAAAUCAAGAUGAUCCAGAUGCAUCACAAAAGUUCCAAGAUUUGGGCGCGGCAUACGAGGCUCUCGCAGAUCCUGAAAAACGUGAGUUGUAUGACCGCUGCGGCGAAGAUUGCCUCAAGAAGGAUGGUAUGAUGAACAACAAUGAUCCUUUCGCUAGUUUCUUUGGUGAUUUCGGAUUUCACUUCGGUGGCGAGCCCCAACAACAUGAGACCCCCAGGGGUGCAGAUGUAAUCAUGGAGCUAACAGUUUCAUUAGAAGAGCUUUAUAAUGGCAAUUUCAUUGAAAUAACUCACAACAAGCCAGUAAUCAAACCCACCUCAGGAACAAGAAAAUGUAACUGUAGGCAGGAGAUGGUUACUCGAAAUCUUGGUCCAGGGCGCUUCCAAAUGAUGCAACAAACAGUUUGUGAUGAGUGCCCUAAUGUUAAAUUUGUUAAUGAGGAAAGGGUGCUGGAAAUAGAGGUAGAGGUUGGUGCUCCGGACGGCCACAAGUCCCGACUUCGAGGAGAGGGUGAACCUCAUGUGGAUGGAGACCCCGGUGACUUGAUAGUUGUGUUGAAAACUGAAAGACACCCACAGUACACCCGAAGAGGUGAUGACCUUUACACAAAUGUUACCAUUACUUUGCAGGAUGCAUUGACAGGAUUCUCCAUGGACUUAGUCCACUUAGACGGACACAAAGUGACAGUAUCGCGCGACAAAGUGACGUGGGCGGGAGCCCGCGUCCGCAAGAAGGGUGAAGGCAUGCCCAACUUUGACAACAACAACCUUCAUGGGAACCUCUAUGUGACUUUUGAUAUUGAAUUCCCUAAGCAAGAAUUCACUGAUGAGGAAAAAGAAGCUUUGCGGAAAAUACUUAACCAGUCACCAAAUAACAAAGUGUACAAUGGACUAUAGUAGCACACUGCCAAUUAAUUUAUUUAAGUAGUGAAUUGAGUGGAACUGUAUGAUCAAAGAUGUGUAUGUGAUGCCAGAAUAUUGUGUUACUUGUGCAAGAAUGUGAUUCUUUUAUAAAAUAAACAUACUCAUGAAGUAAC